AUGCUUGAAGACGAAUACUACUGGGGUGCUCCCACGUCCACCAUUGACUGGUGCGAGGAGAACUAUAUCGUAUCACCCUAUAUUGCCGAAUUCUUUAACACAACAACCAAUCUCGCCUUUGGCUUGCUUGCAUUGUUUGGUAUUUGGAACACGCUAGCGAAUGGCUUCAGCAAAUCGUUCAUCUUGGCCCACUUGUCAGUCAUGUUUGUCGGGUUUGGCUCGUGGUGCUUUCACAUGACUUUACAAUACGAGAUGCAGCUCCUGGAUGAGCUUCCUAUGAUUUACGCCGCUUGUGUUAUGGUUUGGCACAUUUUUGAAGUCUAUCCUCAGAAACGAUACGGCAUUAUGCUUCCUUUAUUCCUUGUCGCCUAUUCUGCAUUUGUUACGUACUCCUAUUUGAUCAUCAAGAAUCCUGUAUACCAUCAAGUGUGCUAUGCCUUAGUGGUUUUCGCUAUUAUUUUCCGAUGCAUCUACGUCAAUCACUCGGUGCCAUCCAUCUACGUCUAUGAAAAGCCCUGGUUGACUCGUCUCUUGUGGGGUGGUGCAUCUUGCUUUGUUAUUUCAUUCCUUGUUUGGAAUAUCGACAACCAAUUCUGCGAUAGUCUUCGAGGCUGGAGAACGACAGUAGGACUACCAUUGGGUGCUGUUAGUGAGUUACAUGGCUGGUGGCAUAUUGGAACAGGUCUUGGCGCAUAUUACUUUGUUGUAUUUUGUGAAUGGAUCCAUCAAUUGAUGAAGGGCAAUGCUCAACAAUACGAGAUCGUUUGGCUCGGUCCAGUUUGCUAUAUUCGUCCCGUUCGGAAUCAAAUCAAGAAAGAGUAG